GCCGGAUAUUUCUGGGACCAACAGUUGUGACGUGCACUGAGCUUUUGGUUGGUAGGCGUACGGUGCGGCACACCUUCGUACGGCUUAUCAUAUACGGUAGUCCUGUAGCAACGUGUUUACUACGUUAGGCAAUUAUCCUCAUCCUGGUGCUCGGCAGCAUCAUCAUCUGUACGGUGAUCGGCAACAUUCUGGUAUGCAUAGCGGUGGCACUUGUGAGGAAGCUACGGAAGCCGUGCAACUAUUUGCUGGUCAGCCUGGCAAUGAGCGAUCUCUGCGUGUCAAUUCUGGUAAUGCCGACAGCGUUAGUUUACCAAAUAUCAGGCACUUGGCCUUUUGGCUCGCUCAUGUGCGAUCUCUGGGUCAGCUUCGAUGUUCUCAGCUGCACCGCCAGCAUCCUCAAUCUCUGCAUGAUAUCAGUGGACCGCUACUGGGCCAUCACAAAGCCGCUGACCUACAUGAUGAAGAGGACACCGCGGCGGAUGAUUUUCUACAUCUGCCUUGUUUGGUUAGGAGCGGCCUGCAUUAGCCUACCACCCUUGAUGAUAAUGGGAAACGAGUACAUGGACUCCAAAAAUGGACCCACGCGCUGUUCGGUCAGCCAGAACUUUUUCUAUCAAAUCUAUGCAACACUCGGCAGCUUCUACAUUCCUUUAGCCGUCAUGAUCAAAGUAUAUUACCAAAUAUUUUGUGCUGCACGCAAUAUCGUGAUGGAGGAGAUAAGAGCGCAACUCCAUCUGCAUGGACAUUGUCGUUUUAACGUGGAGCCAUCAAUUUCACAGCCGACCGCAUCCAUUUUGAACCGUCAAGCUAGUCCGAUCAAACAUAGAAGCUCCAGCGCAUCCACAACAUGUAGUCAAGUUCAGUGCUUCGUUGAUGCACCUCGCAAGAGCAACGAGUCGCAAUGUCCAAUGUUGCAGAGAGUGGAGAAGCCGAUAGUAUCGACAUCUAAAAAAAUGACGACGACAUUUAUACGCAACAGUACGUGCAGCGUGACUAACUCACCGCAGCAAAAGAAGUUGAGAUUACUUGUCAAAGAACGAAAAGCUAGCACGACUUUAGGUAUUAUUAUGGGUGUUUUUGUUUGUUGCUGGCUGCCGUUCUUUAUACUUGCUUUGGUUAGGCCGUUUAUCCAUAAUUAUUCGUAUUACAUACCAGAAUUCCUAUCGGAUCUGUUCCUCUGGCUCGGUUACUGCAACAGCUUGUUGAAUCCGAUUAUAUAUGCAAUUCUUAAUAAAGACUUUCGGAGACCGUUUCGUGAGAUACUUUUUUGUCGUUGUGGUAAUCUCAACCACGUGAUGCGAGAGGAAUUUUAUCAGAGCCAAUACGGUGACCCAAGUCAUAACUAUCAGAUCAAAGACAAUAUUUGCAGUAGCGGCGUUAUCGGCGGUAUUGGCAAUAUUGCGAAAAGCUCUGAGGACGCGGAGCAAUUCGGCGACAUUAAUGAGGGUAUCAUCGAUUCAGUUGACAUGGCCGGUGUGCGCAACGAGAGCUUUCUGUGAUUCAGAAAACAUUCUUUGAUUGUUGAGGAGCAUGAUAUCCGACAAAGAUUGCCAUCGUGCUGUACUGAACCGUUGCAUAUUACUGACUUGCUCGCCAAUGCAUCCAACGAGAUCCUUUUGUGAAGUUGGAUACGCAAUUUCCAAGAAGACGAAGGUAUUUGUAUCCUAGAGCUACAUGUUGAAUCAGUUUCCCACACGUAACUAUCUCGUGGGAGAUCCUUUUAUAUGAUUCGAUAAACAGAAUUGGAUCUGUUUGUCUGUCUGUGAUCUUACCAUUGAUAAGGAAUUAGACAAAAGAGAUAGCAACUAUCUACUUAGUUGCUUGCAAUCAUUUCGACGCUCACAUAAAGAUGAUUGAUUGAUACAGUUAAGGAACAAUUUUUAAUCGUAAAAAAGCUUGCGAUCUUAUUAUUGAAAGAUUUAUUUACUAAAGAUAACUGAAGAGCUUAUUUUCAAACUGUAAUAAGUUCAAAUGUUGAAAACUUGAGAUUGUGUAAUAGAACUAUAUUAUAUAAAAAGCUCAUUUAAAUUUGUAUAAAGAUAUUUAAUGGUAUAAGUAAUAAUAUUAUAAUAAUAGUUUAUAUAUAAAACAAAAAUUUGUGUGAAUUAUGUGAAAGUAAGUUCUGUAAAGAGUAUACGAGUAAUAUUUAUUGUUUGUACAUAAGGUAAGACGUAUAAAUUCACUAAUAGUGGAUAGUUAAAAAAAAGCGAAGGAAAACUUGCAUCACUUUUACACGCACAUGAUAUACUCACGAAUGAUUUAUAAUUUGUAACAAUGUAAAAUAAGCACAAAUUUAUCAUAUAUUACGAUGUAAGUGUUCACUCUUUAGUGUGUACUUUCAUUUUUAAACAUGUUUUCAUACUGUAAAAUUUGACGAUUUAUAGAUCAUCUUAAUUGAGUUUAUUGUAAUAUACAAUGCAAAUAUUCCUCAAAUACAUACUUAAAUCACGACAAUGACUUAGAAUACAGUAAACUAUGUGAUGCGUGUACAGUUAUCUAAUCAUUAAAAUUCAUUAGUUUCAUAUUAACAAGAACAAAGUGUUAAUCUUUAAAAGAUAUAAUCACUUAAUAAAAUCCAACGUUAGCAAUUUGUGAUUCGUAUAAAACUAACACUAGUUCAUGUAGAAAUUUGUAAACGGGUCAAUAUUGGGACAAUUCCAAUGUAUUGCUAGUUUUGUUCCUAAUAUUACGCCAACAAAAUUUUGGUACCGAAAUGUAACACAAUUCUAUACAUAAGAAUGCCAAUACUGGUAUAUAGUAAAACGACAAAAAGCAGUAUUGACAUAGGAUUGUUUGUUUAGUAUUUGUAGAGAUCUCUGCUGAUACAAUUAAUAUUAUUUAACUUAUUUAUCCAAUUGUAAAUAUACUGAGUAUUUCUACACUUACAACUAAAUGUAAUUUAAAUGAUGUAUUUUUCACAUUAUUUUAAGAUAAAACA